AAUUCAACAGUUGUAGGGUAAAUUUCUUCAGCUGCACAGAAGUCAAACAACCAGCCAGUGCCACCCAGUCAUCUCCCAGUGCCCCCCAUCCCAAAGCACUUUCCAGAUGAGUGCAAGGAAAGGGGCACCGGGGCAGUGGUGGAGCACGGAUAGUACCCACCAGGCUGAGCACUGGGUGGGUGCUGUCCCAGUGAGGGUGAUGGAUCCGGCCCAUGUUCCAGAGCCAUUCCUGACUGGCAGCAGCCAGCACUGCACCCAGCAGCCUCUUCCUACUCUUAUUCCUGUGCCCUUCACCUUUGCAGCCAGAGAGACACCUGCACGCUCUGCUUCCUGAGGACGCCGGUGCUGGCUGCUGAGCUCCUGCCCCCAGCCAUAAGGAGAAGGGACGAUUUUGGCUGGCUUUAUGUACACGGUCUGGAUGGAGCCCUCCUCCACCACCCUGGGGAGAACAAAGGAACUCAUCAAGCACGGCCGGGAGAGGAUAGGACAAACCAUCAAGGCCUCCGGCUCCAGGCUCUGCUCAUAUGCUGAAAGAGUUGCCUUUUUAAUGGAUCGUUCCCGGAGCCCAGAUAAAAGCACCCAGCCUCCAACACCAACUGACAACAUCAACCUUGGACCUUCUGCUAACCCAAAUGCCAAACCAACAGACUUUGACUUCCUGAAGGUUAUUGGCAAAGGAAGCUUUGGAAAAGUUCUUCUGGCGAAACGCAAGUGUGAUGGGACUUUUUAUGCAGUGAAAGUUUUGCAUAAGAAAACCAUCCUAAAGAAAAAGGAGCAAACCCACAUCAUGGCAGAACGCAAUGUGCUCCUGAAAAAUGUCAAGCACCCCUUCCUUGUGGGACUCCAUUACUCUUUCCAGACCUCGGAGAAGCUUUACUUUGUGCUUGACUAUGUAAAUGGAGGAGAGCUUUUCUUCCACUUGCAAAGGGAGCGCUGUUUCCGUGAACCCCGGGCCCGAUUCUAUGCUGCAGAAGUUGCUAGUGCAAUUGGAUACCUGCAUUCCUUAAACAUCAUUUACAGGGACUUAAAACCUGAGAACAUUCUCCUGGAUUGCCAGGGACACGUAGUAUUGACAGACUUUGGACUCUGCAAAGAAGGCAUGGAGCAAGAGGAGACAACUUCUACUUUUUGUGGCACCCCUGAGUACCUGGCUCCUGAGGUGCUAAAGAAGCAGCCGUAUGACAGGACAGUAGACUGGUGGUGCCUAGGAGCUGUCCUCUACGAAAUGCUGUUCGGACUGCCUCCUUUUUACAGCCGGGAUGUGUCUCAGAUGUAUGACAACAUUCUGCACAAGCCGCUCCAGAUCCAAGGAAGUAAGACUGUAGCAGCUUGUGACAUUCUCCAGGGACUUCUCCACAAGGACCAGAAGAGGAGGCUGGGUGCCAAGUCAGACUUUCUUGAGAUAAAGAAUCAUGUAUUCUUCAGCCCAAUCAACUGGGACGACUUGUACCAUAAGAGGAUAACUCCUCCAUUCAACCCCAAUGUGGCUGGUCCAGCUGAUCUGCGACACUUUGAUCCAGAGUUCACCCAAGAAGCCAUCUCCACCUCCAUCACCCACACACCUGACCUAGCAGCCAGCACCUCCAGUGCCUCAGAUGCAUUUUUAGGAUUUUCUUAUGCACCAACUGAAGAGGGCAUCUAGGUUUUACAAAGGCUUUGAGAAGUCAGA